UUGCCUUUACCCUAAGUGAAUCAUUGAAAAUAAAUUAUAUCUAAAGUAGGUACUUAUGUUCUCAUGUGGAAACUGGUAAGCGCAAAUAUUUUCAGGUAACUUAUUACUAAUUUUUCUGAUACAAGAAAACCUUUUUAUAUCAAGUGAAUAAAGAAAGUAUAUGAUUUUUGGUAAAUUAGGGAAAGCACCAAUGUUGCAAAGGAAGCAUAUUCGUAAGAAAUGAGUAUCUCCAAAAUUAUGAAAAUCGGUAGUAAGCUAAGUUGCAAUGACCACCUCACGUGCCAGCCGCCAAUUGGAAGCCAAAGCCGUGAAGGAUGUAAACAACCAAUCGAUGCUCCUUUCUGUUUUCCACAAAAACCUCUCGAAGCUGCCUCAAACUUCUUUCAAUGCUGCUUCAACAGUAGAUGCUUUUUUUCAUGGAUUCUCUCUUAAUAAACUCCCCCUAUACAGCCCUCAGCCAUUCUAAUCUUCUAACUUCGAACAGCAUUUCGUAUAGUUCUUUCAGUCUUUCUUCUUUUUGGCUAUUCAGAUUCAAGAGACCAAAGAAAUUGAAAGCAUCUUCAGUCACUGUUUUAUGUUCGAAUCGACAAAACCCCAAUCAAGAAUGGCAAGAAAAGAGCUUGUAUCUAAAACCCUUUUCGCUUCUUGUUCCACUUUUCAAGAAAGUCAGAGACUUUGCAGCAAAGAGCAAAUGGUGUUCUGUUUUUAAAGGCUGUAGUGGCACUGAGGAGGAGCUAAGUGGAGAUUUGUUGCAAAAUGGAAGCUUUGGGAUGGCGCUUUUGAGUAUAACUGCAACAGCAAAGGUGAAAAUAAGUCCAUUUGUAGCUACAUUAGCUGCUAACCCGACGUUUGUUUCGGGGUUUGUAGCUUGGUUUAUGGCACAGUCAAUGAAGGUGUUUUUGAAUUUCUGUGUGGAGAGAAAAUGGGAUUUUAGGAUUAUGUUUGCUUCUGGUGGAAUGCCUUCUUCACACUCAGCUUUGUGCACGGCAUUGACUACCUCAGUUGCUAUUUGUCAUGGAGUUGCAGAUUCAUUGUUUCCCGUUUGUUUGGGAUUUACUUUAAUUGUGAUGUAUGAUGCUAUUGGAGUUAGACGGCAUGCUGGGAUGCAAGCUGAGGUUCUCAAUCUGAUCGUUGAGGACUUAUUCCAAGGGCAUCCCAUCAGUCAAAGAAAGUUAAAAGAACUUCUUGGCCACACCCCAUCCCAGGUUUUUGCUGGGGCUUUGCUGGGCAUUAUGGUUGCUUGGAUGUGUAGUCAGGGUUGUUUAAUUGCACUCUGAUCAGCUUCAACGGGUAUACUUGCCAAUAACUAGGAGCUAUCCAUUACAGCUGUACAAAAAGCACUCGCUUUUUGUAUGAACAGUUGAUGCUCAAAGCUUUUAGGAUUUAGUGAUCUGCUUCUGAUUUUGUCCAUUACAUAGUUCUUGAUUUUCCCAGGUUAGAAAACUGUAUCAUCAUAGCUUUUCUCCUCAGUACGAAGUGUAUGGGACUAUUAGAGUGAUACUAUGCCGGUGUGCCUUUCUAGUCUCCUGUUCUUGUUUUUUGUUUGUAUUCAUUUGUGUAACUCUAUCAAUCUUACUAUGAAGUACAUGGUGAAGAAGAUUUGUUGCGAUGUCAACAUUUAAGAA